UAUCCCAUUCAGCCCUGAACUAAGUAAAAAUGGCCCAAAUUCGUUCGACUGUUUAAGUCGGAGGCGUCGCGUAAUUUACGAAAGUUUGUGCUUUAUACUCUAUUCACGUUUUCUAUGGUGUUUUAACAACAAGUUCGAAGUGUCAUCUUCAUGAUUUACCAAUUCCAUGGCUGCUGGCUGGAGAAAAGAGAGGAGGAACAGUCUCUUUAGCAAUAUCGUCGCACCCAUGGAAUACCAGCGACUGCUGGCAGAAUUUAGUAAUUCUGAUUUGAGCAGCAUAUCUGAUGAUGAUGAUGACUGGCCUUCAUCUCCACUUCGGCGCAGAGAACUCUUUCCUGAACUAUGUGCCAACACUGAGAGUUCAGCAUCUGAGUCUGAUGAAGAGAACAACAGAGAUGGAAAUGUUACCACCAGGUCCCCUGAAGUUACAAGUAGCACUGCAGCUGCCCAGACUGGAGCCAGCAGAAAUCUCAAUACUAAUGAAUGUCAUCAUUUCAGGAGAAAUAUAAACUUCAAUCACAGAUUUACUGUAGAUGUUGAUAAUCAUUUUCAGGGAACUAAUUUUCAACUCACAGUUCUCUCCCCUAUAGAUUAUUUCAUGGCUUACCUCUCAUCUGAAAUUUUAGAUGCAAUGACUCUAGAAACACAGAAAAAGUACAUGUCCAAAAAAGGAAAGCCAUUAUCACUAACAGUAGAUCAAAUGAAAAAGUUAUAG